UAGGAAUAAUCAAGAUUCAUUAUCAAGUGAACCAAAAAGGGAAACCACAGACUUACUCGGACAAAAUAUUAGAGUGAAGAAAUGGCAAGGACACGUUGCUAUGACAAAAGUGGAUUGAAGAAGGGAACUUGGACUCCAGAUGAAGAUAGGAAAUUAGCAGCUUAUGUUAGUAAAUAUGGUUGCUGGAAUUGGCGUCAACUUCCCAAGUUUGCUGGAUUAGCUAGGUGUGGGAAGAGCUGCAGACUGAGAUGGCUGAAUUAUCUCCAACCAAAUAUCAAAAGAGGAAGCUAUACUAAAGAAGAAGAUGAAAUUAUCAUGAAGCUCCAUGCAGAAAUUGGAAACAAAUGGUCGGUAAUUGCUGCUCACUUACCUGGAAGAUCAGACAAUGACAUAAAGAAUCAUUGGCACACCUCCCUCAAAAAGAGAUCAACUCAAGAAUAUUCAACUUCAACUGACUCAAAGAAGGGAUCAUCUAAUAACAAUUAUCAGUCCAGCAGUCGAAAAAAGAGACGUGAAAAUGAAACUCAAGUAAAUGCAAAUGAGAAGAUAAAUGAGAGUUUUCAAUUGUCACCAAUGCAAUCAUGCAGUACUGAGGUUUCCUCUUGUGCUACAAUUGACCAAAAUGUGGAAAGUAUACAUGGCGAACGCGAGGUUUUUCAAGAAGAAAUAUUUGAAGUAUCCAGUGGAAGUUUUUGGACAGAACCAUUUUUAGUAGAUAGUUUUAGCACUGCUAGUGAUUGUUUUGUACCAUCAUUUGAUGAUCAUGGAGUAUUUGUAUCUCCAUUUUCCCCUAUUAUGAGCUAUGAUGAAUUACUAUGCUCAUAUUAUUAAAGAUAGUGAACUCCUUAAAGUACAUUGAUUGCUGGGAAUUGGAUAAGUAGUGCAAGUUGUACCUUUGGUUAAUUUUGAGGAAACUUAAAGAACAUCUAGUAUAGAGGAAUACAGGUGGAAAAAAUCAGUUUCCUUCUUCUUUUUUUAA